GCAAAUGCAUCAGACGUGCCUGGGCAUGGGGAAUACUAAUACUUCAGACAGAUAAUAUGUAUUUUGCUCACACCCAGCUCAGACUCCAUUACUGCUCUCAGAGGCUGCAGGAUUUUCAGCUCUCAUCUGGUUAAUUCUCUGUAAACCAUUCACCAUGUUCCUCGCUCAAGCCUUGCUUGGUGGCGGGAGCAGUGGUGGAGGGGGCCUUGCAAGAGGCCUGGGAGGUCUUUUAGCAGGAGGUGGACAAGGAAGAGGGAAUCUUGGAGGACUCGUUGGAGGACUCGUCAACAUUAUCAGUGAGGUAGCAGCUCAGUACACCCCAGAACCACCCCCAGCUCCUCGCAGCCACUUCAUGAAUGUGGAAGCCGGUGAAAGUGAGGAGAUCCGUCAGUUCCGCCGACUCUUUGUCCAGCUGGCUGGAGACGACAUGGAAGUGUGCGCCACCGAGUUGAUGGACAUUCUGAACAAGGUGGUGGCCAGACAUAAAAACCUGAAGACUGAGGGCUUCAGCCUGGACACAUGCCGGAGCAUGGUGUCAGUCAUGGACAGUGACACAACUGGCAAGCUGGGCUUUGAGGAGUUUAAAUACCUGUGGAACAACAUCAAGAAGUGGCAGUGCGUGUACAAAGAACACUACUCCGACCAGUCGGGAAUUCUUGGGAGUGCUCAGCUGCCAGAUGCCUUCAAGGCUGCAGGGUUCCAGCUGAACGAACAGCUCUACCAGAUGAUCAUUCGCAGAUACGCCGAUGAAAAUGGGAGCAUGGAUUUCAAUAACUUCAUCAGCUGCUUGGUGCGACUGGAUGGCAUGUUCCGUGCCUUCAAAUCCCUGGACCAAGAUGGAGACGGCCUGGUGAACAUGAACAUUCAAGAGUGGCUGCAGCUGACCAUGUACUCCUGAGAGAGCACACUGGAAUGGAAUACACUCCAACUGUGUGCUCUUGUUUAUACUGGUGUUAACUAACUGGAGCCUUUCUCCUUGUUCAAGGGCAACUGUUCUGUUGCUAUGAAAGAGCACGCAAUACUUUAAUGCUUAAAAACCCUUAGUUUAUUGUGAAAUGUUAGUAGAAAAAACAGUGUACGUUUUACAGUUGUUUGGAUUGCUGAGGGGCUAGCAAAUGGAGCAUUUCUUGAGCUGUGCAAGACUCUGGGUGUGUGCGCAUGCACAUGCAUAUGAGUACCUAUAAUAGAAAACUAGAUUUGGGUUCAAAAAGGAGAGAACGUUGAUGGGAAGAGUAGUGGUUAAGGCUUUCGUCUCGUAUAGCAUGUUGGGGGCUGGUGGACGUAUACAUAUAAUACAGAAUACAUUUCUGAUUUUUUCUUAAGAUUGGGGUUGUUCUUGAUGACUGUUUUGAUUUUUAUGUGUUAUCUAUCAGUGCUGAUUUUGCUGGAGGCAGAAGCUGUGCUUGCCUGUAGGGAAAUUGCUAGUAAAUAGAGGUGUAUUGAUUUCUAAUUUGUAAGGAAUUAUUUGUAAUGGGGAAAAUAAAUUGGAGUUGUAAUUAUUAUAAUAA